GAAGAAUCCACCUCAGCAGGAGUAUGGUCCUGGUUCUGCUGAGGAGUAGAACAUGAGGAGAAGAGCAGCACACAGGAGUCGAACCUGAGCCAGAGAGAAGCAGCUGCUGUUCAGGAUGUCGGGGAACUGGUCCAGUCUCAGGUCCUCCUUGGCAGCUCCUCGCUCCACCACUGUGGCUCCGCCUCCUCACAACUCCUCACAUUUCCCACCACUGGACUGGGAAGCUCCCAAGUUCACUCGGGCCGCCCAGUUCCGGGUAGGCGCCACUUCAAUCCUCUUCAUCUUCGCCGCCUGCAGCAACUUGGCCCUGCUGGCCAGCGUGUGGCGCGGGCGAGGCCAGCGACUGGCAUCGCACCUGCGUCCGCUGAUCCUGAGUCUAGUGUCGGCCGACCUGAUGAUGACGUUCGUGGUGAUGCCGCUCGACAUGGUGUGGAACGUGACGGUGCAGUGGUACGGUGGCGACGUCCUCUGCAAACUUCUCUGCUUCCUGAAGUUGUUCGCCAUGCAGGCGUCCACCUUCAUCCUGGUGGUCAUCAGUCUGGACCGCCAGCACGCCAUCCUGCACCCGCUGGACGCCCUGAGUGCCCACCGCCGCAACCGCCGCAUGCUACUGUUAGCCUGGUGCCUGAGCCUGCUCUUCGCCUCGCCACAGCUCUUCAUCUUCCGAGCGACGCGCGUGGACGGCGUGGACUUCACUCAGUGCGUGACUCACGGCAGCUUCAGCGGCCACUGGCAGGAGACGCUCUACAACAUGUUCCACUUCUUCACGCUCUACAUCGUCCCCCUGCUGGUCAUGAGCUGCUGCUACACCCGCAUCCUGCUGCACAUCAACCAGCAGCACCGGCGCAACAAAGCAGGUGAGUCAUAUCUGCGGCGCAGUGGCACCGACAUCAUCCCCAAGGCACGCAUGAAGACGCUGAAGAUGACGGUGGUCAUCGUCCUGUCCUUCGUCGUCUGCUGGACCCCCUACUACCUGCUGGGCAUCUGGUACUGGUUCCAGCCCCAGAUGCUGCAGAUCACGCCCGAGUACGUGCACCACGCCCUCUUUGUGUUCGGGAACCUGAACACCUGCUGCGACCCGAUUAUCUACGGCUUCUACACGCCCUCGUUCCGGGCGGACCUCGCCGCCUGCUGCGGCCGCGCCCGGCGCGACACCUCGCCGCGAUCUGUGGACCGACUGUCGAUGCGGCAGCAGCCGCACAGCGGCGAGAAUGAGUCGGACGGCGCCAGUAACAACCCAGAAGCUGCACAGUAGCCUCGGCCAAUCAGAGCCUCGGAUGUCAAUGAUGUCAUAAAUGAAUGUAAAACUAACUUCAAACUCAGUGGAGCACGACAGCAGGUGCAGAACUGGUCUCUGGUCCACAGUGGCCGAGACGCGAGAGAGAAGUCCCAAUCAUGCUGCAGCGCCACCGUCUGGUCAGUCACGUGUAGUUUAAAAGAGUUCCGGGGACUCGCACAAGGCCCAUGCCAAGUCUGUGACGGGACCAGUAGUGAGGUCUUAGAUGAGACGAUGAUUCUCCAGGUGAGGUGAACUUUGGAUCUUUCUUCCCUGUCUGAUGUUUGUAUUGAAAAUAAAAUCAGUUCUAGAAGGUU